UUUAGAAUGUCUUUUCUUGACUGAGGGGUUUGUUCGGGAUAUGCUGCGAAAACAAGAGGGAUGAGUCUAUCGACAAAUCGAUCAAGUGACUCAUCUUCCUUUUGUCGGCAGAGGGAGAGAGAUUGUUUUGCCAAUUGAGCUCUGAUUGGGGUGUCAAGGGAGCGUUUGAGUGAAUCUAAUGCCUUGGCUAGAGUGUUUUUGUCUUCGGGAGGGAGUUCUUCUAGGACCUGCCGGGGUAUUCCGUCUAAAAACAUUUUAAGUCUGCCUAUUUUUGAGGGUUCGUCUAACUUUUGUGCGGUUCCUUCCAUAUAAUCGAGAAAUUUUUGGGCCCAUGAGGAAAAGGUGCCAGAGGAUUCGCCUGAGUAAAUUGGGACGGGGCCAUGGGAGUUGAGGGGGUAAUCAAAUGUAAGGCCGGCGAUGCGUCCGAUUGUGUCUUCUUCAUCGUCGGAGAGGUUGGUUUCGGAGUUUGGGAGUUGGAUGGGGGCGGUAUUAGUUUGCUGCUGGGAAUUCCCUGCGGCAUUUGCUGGUGUCAGACUAAUUAAAUUUUCGGUCGGGACUGUUGCUUUUGGCUGAGGAGUUUGGGUUUCGGGCAAGAGUGUGUCUAUUCUUUUGGCCAAAGUGAGAAGUCCCGUGUUUAGAUCCCCAGAAAUUGUGUUUAUCGCUUGUGUCGUGGAGUUUACCCUUCGGUUAACUGCACGA